AUGAUAGCAGCAAACACUGCAACAAACUCCCCUGCUGCUGCUGCAGCAGCAGGAGCAGGAGCUCCUGCUGCAGCAGGACCACCAGCAGCAGGAGUACCACCAGCAGCCGCAGUACCACCAGCAGCAGCAGGAUCAACAGCAGCAGCAGCAACACCUCCAGCAGCAACAGCAGCAGCAGCAACAGCAGCAGCAGGAGGCUCCACGUCCCCAGACUCACGACCGCCAGCUGCAGCAGAACAACAACAACAGCAGCAGCAACAGCAACAACAACAACAACCAGCAGCAGCAGCAGCAGCAUCACAACCACCACCAUCAACAACAGCAGCAGGAGCAGCAGAAUCUCCAGCAGCAGGAGGAGCAGCAGCAGCAGGACUACUAGUAGAGGAGCCAAUAACAUAUGUGUCUCCUUUUGUGUCCUCUCCUUCUUAUUUUUAUGGUGAUUUGCUGCAGCGCAGCAUAAGUUGGUUGCUGCUGCAUCGUGGUGUAUAUACAGCAGAUGCAGCAGCAAUAGAGAUAAGUUGUUGCUGGUUUGCUGCUGUGCUGCAGCAAAUAGGGCAGCAAGCUGCUGUAUUUGCUGCACUAAGGGGGACAGCAGCAGCAAAUUAUAUAGAUAUAAAACAAGCAAUUAAAUUUAUUUGUCCCUCUGCUUAUUGUCUCCUUUUUCUUGCUGCUGCUGAUCCUGUUGCUCCUUCUCUCCCUAUACAAUUACCUAUACAGCAGCAGCAGCAGCAGCAGCAGCAGCAGCAGUUGCAGUUGCAGUUGCAGUUGCUGCAGCAGCAGGGGGAGGGGGAAGAGCAGCUGCAGCUGCAGCUGCAGCAGCAGCAGCAGCAGCAGAGACAGCAGCAGCAAGGGGUACUAUUAACAUGCGAGGAAUCAUGGCUUGUGCAGCAACUUAAGCAGCAGCAACUUGCUGCUAAGGAUAGCAGCAGCAGCAGCAGCAGCAGCAGCAGCAAAGAGCAGCAGCAGCAGCAACAACAAAGACCACCACAUAUUCCUGAUUAUUUACCUUCUUUUCCUCCUUCUUAUACAUAUCUAAGAACGGAGACACCAUGGGGAGGAGACACAGAGGAUGCAGCAGCAGCAGGAGCAGCAGGAGCAGCAGCAGCAGCAGCAACUGCAGCAGAACAACUUAGAAAAAUGAGGAGACUUGAGCUGCAGCUGCAGCUGCCACAGCUGCAGCUAGCUGAACCUACUAUUGACUGCAGCAGCAGCAGCAGCAGCAGCAGCAGCUGUAGCAGCAGUAGCUACUGCAGCAGCAGCAACCCUACAGAUACACUGUGGGGUGUACCCUCAGCUCAUGAGAUACACAUGCAGCAGCAGAAAGAGGAACAAGAGCUGCUGCAAGAGCAGCAGCAACAGCAGCAGCAACAGCAGCAGCAGCAGCAGCAGCAGCAACCUGCUGCUGCUGCUGCUGCUCGUAAGAUACGUAAAGCAGAACUAAUAGGAGGAGACAGACCUACACAAAAUUUAUAUCUUAUUUAA